CAUCCAAAGACUUUGAGCACUUUGGAAUCCACACAUUGUACAAUGAGGAGCUUUUUGGCUUUCCUUCUUGCAAUGGGCAUCGUAGUGGCGCUGAGCGAUGCGUACUGUUUUACAAAAAGGAACACUGCAGAGCAAUCUGGCAAAGGCUGUAUCCUGAAUGGAAAAUUAUACCCCUUUGGAGAAAUAGAAAGGACAGAAGACUGCCUCAGCUGUAGCUGCAAUCGAAAGGAGAUGCGUUGCUGUAGCCUCUAUCAUACUCCUGUUAAUUACGACAAAGAGAGAUGCAAAGUAGUUUUCAACAAGAAAACCUGCAAUUACGACGUGAUAGAGAAGGAUGAUCCCUCAAAGGAAUGUUUUGUAUAUUCCCGUGUGGGUUAAUAUCAGACCU